GUUGCCAUGGACGUUCUAACAGAGGAGCAAAUCAUGGAAUUCCAAGAAGCCUUCUGCCUUUUUGACAAAGAUGGAGAUGGAUGUAUCACAAUGCAAGAACUCACUACGGUCAUCAAAUCAUUGGGUCAAAAUCCAAGUGACGAAGAACUGCAAGAAAUGAUGAGGGAAGUUGACUCAGAUGGCAGCGGAACCAUAGAAUUCGGGGAGUUCUUAAAUCUAAUGGCUAGGAAAAUGAAGGAGUCUGACGGGGAAGAUGAACUAAGAGAAGCUUUCAAGGUGUUCGACAAGGAUCAAGAUGGAUACAUCUCUGCCCUGGAGCUGAUGAAUGUGAUGGUCACUCUUGGAGAGAAGCUGACAGAAGAAGAGGUGGAUCAAAUGAUAAGGGAGGCAGAUUUGGAUGGAGAUGGGCAAGUGAACUAUGAGGAGUUUGUGAGAAUGAUGAUGGCUGUCUAAUUAACUUAAUUAUUAGCAAAUUAAAUUUCCUUUAUGAAGUCUUGUUUCUUUUAUUAAAAAAAAAGUAAU